ACCUAACCUAUUUCCUAACCUUUGAGCUUCAAGACGCGACUAGUUCAUCAUAUUUAAUCAUAGAUGGCAACGUGAUUGAACGAUUUCGUCAGCAUUCGGCGCAUUCACGAGGACUUUUCGCAAGCGAUACAGAUAAAUCUUUCGUAAAAUGUUUCAGAAUAUUGCAUCUUGUAGAGCAAGUUUAAAAGGAGCUACAAGAUCGGUACAAUCAACGAGAAACUUGAGAAAUGGCUCGAGAGAACGUUUAUCGUUAUGUACGCUUCAAUCGACAUCGCUGGAAAUGCUCAAUGUUCAAAUGCAGCGGAUUCGACUAUAUUCGAAUCCGGCACGGCGGCCAAGUUUCUUGUCUCAGUUCAUCGAAAAUAUCAAACAGGAAAUGCAAAAGAACAAGGAAAUGAAGGAAUCUUUAAAGAAAUUUAGAGAGGAGGCUCAGAAAUUGGAACAAUCAGAAGCAUUGCGCACAGCGCGACAAAAAUUCCAUGCUGUUGAAUCUGAAGCUAACAAGGGUUCAGAAGCUAUUAAGGAAAGGCUAGAUACAUUUAAAGAGAAGGUGCAAGAAGUUAUCGAAGAGGCAAGUAAGACUGAAUUGGGCAAACGCGCUGGCCAGUUAGGCGAAGAGAUUACGAAAUCUGCCAAAGAUGCAGCAGAGACGAUUUCUGAAAAGAGCCAAGCACUUGGUAAAACGGGUGCAUUUCAAACGAUAUCGCACACCGCAGAAGCCGUACGAAAUGAACUUGACCAACAUGGAAUUCUAGGCAAAGUUUACGUUCCACCUAAAAAGCUACGAAAGAGGAAUGAAGUGUCGAUAGAACCUAGAGAAAUUAUGCCUGAUCAGAAAUCGACUGGUGUAGAGAUACAUAAAGAUUUUAUGUUUUCCAAUGCCUGGCAAAAAUUUAAGGAUACUAAUCCAUACGUAAAUAAGGUAAUGGACUGGAAGAUGAAAUACGACGAAUCAGAUAAUGCUGUAUUACGUGCUUCCAAAUUGCUUACGGAUAAAGUUUCGGACAUUAUAGGCGGAUUGUUUCAAAAAACCGAGCUAUCAGAGACCCUGACAGAGAUCUGUAACCUGGAUCCUAAUUUUAGUAAAACUCAGUUUUUGAAGGAUUGCGAGACUGAUUUCAUUCCGAAUAUUCUCGAAGCAAUGGUCAGGGGCGACCUCGAAAUUCUGAAGGAUUGGUGUCACGAAGGGCCUUAUAAUAUAAUUGCACAGCCACAUAAGGAAGUGAAGAAACUAGGACAUUAUUCAGAUAGUAAAAUUUUAGAUAUCGACAAUGUGGAUCUAAUGAUGGGCAAGAUGAUGGAACAGGGACCAGUUUUAAUCAUUAGUUUCCAAUCUCAACAAAUCAUGUGCGUGAGAAACUCGAAAAACGAGGUGAUUGAGGGAGAUCCACAGAAAGUGAUGCGCGUCAAUUAUAUCUGGGUAAUGUGUCGUGAUCGAACGGAACUCAAUUCCAAGGCCGCGUGGCGUUUGCUUGACCUUAGUGCCACCAGUUCGGAACAGUUAGUAUAGUGCACGCGAGCAUGUGAAUUAUUCGAAAAAUUUACCCCGACCAAAUGGAAUCGUCGUAUAAUGUAUAUCGUUCUUGUACAUUGUUGCUAUCAUUCGCAUUGAAAUGAGUGAUUAAACGCGGUAGGAAUUCCUUAGCGAUCGCAUUAAGCGAUCUCACCGAUCUAGCCAAUCUAUAUAGAGCGCAACGUAUUUCUUAUAAAUCAGAAUGUUUAUUUAUGUGUACAAGAUUCUAGAAAUGCGACGUGUGUAAAUUUUAAUUUUGCAUAAUGUAAGUACGUACGCAUUUUGUUGAGUUAUUGCUUUCAAAAUGAUAUAUUUGUAAAUGCACCGCGAAAUGACACGCAUCGUUCAAUACGAUCCGCGAUUGUGCUAAUUUUUUAUUAUUUAAAAGUAGUCCAUUUUUAAGAUAAUGACUAUUUAUCGUAUGCGUAACAGAACAAGUGUUUAGCGAUAAUUAUUCGAUUGCGUUUUUACUGAUUAGCAUUACAUAUUUAACAUAUAGAAAUUUUCGCGCCCGCUUCUCUGUUUGUACAUAACCUUCAUUAUAUAAUGUUAAACAAUACAAUAUAAAAAAUUUAUAUAUUGCAGAUUCAUAAAUAUUAACUUUCAAAUUAUAUUCAGAAGCGGAUCUUGUUUGCAACUUGCUCUAUAGUCAUAUGUAAUAGAUAUUUAAAUCAAAGCUUGUCAAUCAUAUAGUUGGCAAUGAUAAACCAUGCCUUGAUCCUUUCUUGAUAAAGAUGAGUUAUAUAUUUUAUUGCUAGAGAAAAUUACUAAAACUUAUCUUUUUAAUGCUUAAAUCAAUAAUGCAAAAGAACAAUUGCAGAUAUGAGCCUCUCGGAAAUCAUAUUGACCAACACCAUAUUUUGUAAACUUCUUAAUUUUAAUACCCGAGUACUAAUCAUGUAUUCUUGUAUAUUAAAAUGAGGAAUUUUACAAAAAAUGGAAUUGAUCAAUUUGGCAUCAGAAAAACUUAUAUAUUAGCUAAAGAUUUUGAGAGAUGAAAUCAUUUCUCUUUUCCAUUUUAUUUUAAAUAUGAUAUAAAUCUGUAGUACACGAAUGGAUGCAAUGGAAUAUAUAGAUAUAUCAGGUAUGAAAAUAUAUUCAGAUACUAAACAUUUGUUAAUAAAGCUUUUUGUAUAUGUGUAUGUGUGUGUGUGUGUAUAUGUGUAUAUAUAUAUAUAUAUAUAUAUAUACACACACAUUCAUACAUAUAUACAUUAUAUGUAUAUAUGUACAAGCUGAUAUUUAAGAUUGUAAUGUACAGUGAGAAAUUGUUAAAAGAACUGUUGAUCAUUUUUUAAAAGCUAUAUACAAGUUUACAGAGCUCAGAUCGAUUGGAAUUGAAAUGGAAUAAAAUGAUACCCAGUGUGAA